CGCGUCAUUCAACUCAGAGAGGCCCCUAGGCCCCGAGAAACCACCAUGGAUCCCCCCGAUCUCCAUGGUGGUGGUGUUAUUCACGCGUCACCCCCGGCAAACGGCCACGCGGCAAGCCAGCUCACGGAGUUCCUGGAGGUACCAGACACCCCAACCCCAAGCCGAUGGAAUAUUCCAGGGCCCCUAGGGCUGGUGAUGAAUGAGACCGGGCAGGAAAAUGAUCAAGGAAACCAUGAAGAAGUUCAGGAUCCCCCUAGAUUCCUUAGGGAUGGUAAGGCACCAUGCCAGGCCAGCAAAGGCCGCGGUAUAACCAAACAGCAACGACGAGUCAUCCAGAGACCCUUAGGGAAUAAAGAAGCACUCCGAACCCCUCUGGCCGAUAUCAGCAAGCAAUUCCAGGCCUUAGCA